AUGGAUGUGACGGCAGCGUUGUUAUUUCCUCUGAGCUGCAGCUCCGUGCUGGCCUCUGUGCUGCUCGUCCUCGCCGCCUAUGCUGCCUGGCGGUCGGCCUCCAGUCGACCGGAUCCCCGGGGUGCCUUGGAGCCACCUGGGCCCAGGCCGCUACCUCUGCUCGGUAAUCUGCUGCACCUGAAUUUGCGCGGACCGCAUCUAACCCUCUUGGAGAUGUCCAAGAAGUACGGCCCGGUGUUCACCUUCCACAUGGGGCCCAAGAAGGUGGUGGUCCUGGCCGGAUACCAGACAGUGAAGGAGGCCCUGGUCCAGCACGCUGAAGAAUUUGGCGAGCGGGAACCUUUUAACACCGUGAAGGAGGCCAAGCUGGAGCACGGCGUCAUAAUGACCAAUGGCGACACGUGGAAGGAGAUGCGUCGCUUCGCUCUGAGUAAUUUGAAAGACUUCGGGAUGGGGAAGAAAGCUUGUGAGGACAAGAUUGUCCAAGAGUGUCAGCACCUCCUGGAAGUCUUCAGGAAUUUCAAAGGUACUGACGAAGCGUUUGACAACCAUUGGCCUAUCGACUAUGCGGUGUCCAACAUCAUCUGCUCGCUGGUGUUCGGCAGCAGGUUCCGCUACGAUGACCCCGCCUUCAUGGCCAUGGUGCGGCGCCACAGCAGAACCGUUCAGAUAGUGGGCAGUCCAUCCUUUCAGUUGUACAACAUGUACCCGUGGCUGGCCAAGUGGGUCUCUUCGGCGAGAGAGGAGCUUCGCCGAGUGGCGACGGCCAACAGGAAGCAGGCCGCCGAACUGAUCAGGGGUCUGAAGGACACGCUGGACCCGCACAACAGCCGAGGCUUUGUGGACGCCUUCCUCAUCCGUCAGCGACAAUUGGAGGACUCUGGCGAUGUGGGUCACUUCCACGAUUCCAACCUCUUGAUGACGGUCGCCAACCUGUUCGGCACCGGCACGGGAACGACCUCCACCACGCUCCGAUGGGCGCUACUCUUCAUGGCCAAGUACCCCCACAUACAAGAAAAGGUCCAGGAGGAGCUGAAGCGUGUCAUCGGAGAUCGGCAGGUCCAGGUGGAGGACCGAAAGAACUUGCCCUUUACCGACGCCGUCAUCCACGAGACGCAGCGACUGGCCGACAUCACGCCUAUGGCGCUGCCUCACCGGACCAGCCGGGACGUCACCUUCCGGGGCUUUUUCAUCCAAAAGUGGACGACGGUGCACCCCCUCCUGACGUCAGUCCUUCAGGAUGAGAGCCAAUGGGAGAAACCCACCUCCUUCCAUCCUCAGCAUUUCCUGGACCGGGACGGAAAGUUUGUCAAGCCUGAUGCAUUCAUGCCCUUUUCUGCGGGUCGCAGGGCGUGUCUGGGCGAGAGUCUGGCACUCAUGGAGCUCUUCAUCUUCUUCGUCACGCUCCUGCAGCACUUCCGCUUUCGGCCUCCGGCAGGGAUACCGGAGAACCGACUGGACCUGACGCCCCGCGUGGGCUUCACGCUCGCCCCCGCCCCCCAUCGGCUUCGCGCCAUUAGCCGGCUGACCGGCUAA